AUGGAUGCCGAUGUCGAUGCGAUAGACAUCGAUGAUGAUGAUGAUGAUGACGAAGAUGCUGGUAUAUUCAGCAUCGCCAAUUACUGCCAUAUUGAGGACGAUGACGCCCUCACUGGUGAAUUCAACGUUCUUUCAGCAGUGUACAAGAAGCGCACUGCUGUUGACAAGGAUGAAUCAGCAGAUGAAUUUUUGCUGACUCGCGAAGCGGUUGUUCGCUUUGUUCAAGACUCUAUUGCAGAUGCACUAUACAGACAGAAGAGAAACGCAGACAAACACGAAAGAGCAAAUUUUCUUUCAUUUGAUGAAGGAGACCUAGUUUUACUGUCUACAGUAAACCUACCGAAAUACGCAGUGACAAACAUGGGCAGCAGCAAAUUACUGCCCAGGUACAUCGGUCCAUUUUGUGUGUUGCGCCGCGUGUGCAACGCAUGCACGAUUGAACUGCCUCGUAGGAUGAAUACGCAUCCUACAUUUUACGUCGGAGAUCGCCGCCCGUGUUAUCAGUACGAUCCCGUUUUGAGAUGCGAAGAACACCUCCGCGGUCUAGAGUCGAGACCACCCUCGAUUGGUCCCGUUUCAACGAACCAGUCUGGUCGACUAGCGAAGCAACCUUCUCAUGCAGCUCAGCGAUGUCUCGACGAGCGGCAGCCAGCUCGUCACGAAGAGAACGAAUCGAACGUUCGUUCUCAAGUUGCGCGAACGCAAAUGCGGCACGAUCGUUCGAACGAUCGUGCGCUAAGGAGUUGUAAUUAUCAUUUACAAGGUCAUGGAGCUCAUGACGCCGAGUCCGUUCAUGAACCAAGUCAUCGUGUAACUGUUACGUUACACGGUUCAUCUCCAGAACAUCAAGCUGAUCCGACCAUCGAGCCGGAUCAGGUAUUCCCGCCACCACCACAUCUUUUGGUGGACUCAAGCGGUGGUCAACACUUCCUUGUUGAGCGCAUUUUAUACCACCGCGAUGUGAAUGGCGUCCGGACGAGCUACAUCGUCCGCUGGCGUGGCUAUCCACCGGCGUGGGACAGCUGGGAGCCUCGUGCCCAGCUGAUUGUUAAUGUUCUUGGUCUAGUCAAGCAAUAUGACUAG